AUGUCAGUUUAUCUAGACGAUUGGCUACAGUUAAAUCAGCUAAAACAGUUACUUUUAAGAGAAAGAGAGAUAACGCUCAAUCUUCUUCUGAACUUAGGCUUCAUAAUAAACAAGAACAAAUCAUCCCUUGUACCAGUUCAGGUAAUGACUUAUCUGGGAUCAGUUUUUCAUUUAGACAAGGGUCUUGUUUGCCCGACAGAGGAACGAUAUAUAGCUCUUGUCGGAGCAAUUCAAAAAUUAAUCCAGGGACAUGCAGUAGCCAGACAGUAUCUGGUGAUUCUAGGGAUGAUUGCUUCUUGUUUAGAGUUGGUACCGAAUGCUCGUCUGUACAUGAGACCAAUUCAGUUGCAUUUGUUAACGAACUGGAACCCAGCAAGACUACCGUUAGAUUAUCACAUUCCAUGUACUCCUUUGCUCAUAUCACAUCUGAAAUGGUGGUUGUCCAAAGCAAACUUUCUGAAGGGAAGAUCUUUGGAGGGUUUUCGAGCAGAAAUAACAAUGACUUGCGAUUCCUCGAAAACGGGAUGGGGCGGAUAUGUGAACAAUCAGGUAGUUCAAGGCAAUUGGUCAGAGAACAUGAGUUCACAGCAUAUAAACUUCCUGGAGUUAGAAGCUGUGUACAGAACUAUGAGUCAUUUUCUCCCGGUUCUGCAGAACAAACAAGUUCUUGUUCGUUCCGACAAUAUAACAGCAGUACAAUACCUGAACAAACAGGGUGGUACUCAUUCAGUGAAACUUUGCAAUCUUGCACAGAAUAUUUGGUCAAUGGCUCUACGCCACAAUAUGAAGUUGAAAUCAGCUCAUAUCAGUGGCCAUAUGAAUGUAUUAGCAGAUUUUCUGAGUCGACACAAAAUUCAGUCGACAGAAUGGUCACUGAACAAAACAGUAGUCAAGAGUCUGUUUCAGAUGUGGUCGGAACCAACAAUAGACUUGUUUGCGACAGCAGAGAAUCGACAGUGUCCUGUGUUUUGCUCAUGGAUAAAUCAUCCAAAAGCCUUAGCACAGGACGCAUUGUCGAUAAGUUGGGAGAACAUGAUAGCAUAUGCGUAUCCUCCAAUUUGUCUUAUACCCAAAGUUCUAGCUCACAUGAUGAGAUACAAUUGCGAAAUCUUUCUGAUAGCCCCGAUGUGGCCAAGGCAACAUUGGUAUCCAAUGCUUCUACAGUUGUUAAUAGCACCUCCAAUCAAACUACCAAAUUUAUCAGAUCUGUUGAUUCAGAAAAAAGUAGUACACUCGAACAGCAAAUUUCUAAACCUGACUGCAUGGAGGCUAUCAACAAGCAAUUCAAAGCAGAGUGAUUUUCUAAGAACACUAGAAAACUUCUCAAUGCUUCAUGGAGAGCUGGAACUCAAAAGGACUAUAAAUGCAAAUUUAGGAAGUUCAGUAGCUGGUGCUGUGAAAGGGAGAUUGAUCCCUAUUGUGCAUCUUUAA